UGUAACAGUUGAGUUUGAUAAUCUAUUCAGCGCGACAAUGGCCAUCUAUGACGUGUUACAACUUGUGAGGGCUGAUGUUUCCACAGUUGCACUCGGCAUUUCGGCAUCAACAGCUUCCAUUAUCCUCGGUGGCGGCACAAAAGGCAAGCGUCUUGCUAUGCCCAACACACGGAUUAUGAUUCAUCAACCUCUUGGAGGUGCUAGCGGACAAGCUAUAGAUGUAGAAAUUCAAGCUCGAGAGGUUAUGCACAACAAAAAUAAUGUUACAAGAAUUAUAUCCGGUUUCACUGGUCGCUCAUUCGAACAAGUCCAGAAAGAUAUUGAUAGGGAUCGGUACAUGUCUCCAAUUGAAGCAGUUGAAUAUGGAAUAAUUGAUGGGGUAAUUGACAGGGAUAGCAUUAUUCCUCUGAUGCCUGUACCAGAAAGGGUUAAGUCGCCUCUGAACUAUGAAGAAAUAAGUAAAGACCCGAGAAGUUCUUGAACCCUGAUGUCCCUGAUGAGGAGAUUUACUAGCAUUGG